UCGAGAUUCGGAAUUAAAAAAAGAAAAAAAAGGAAAAAAAAGCGCGCGAACCAUCUUGCCCAAACGCGCGGGACACUCGAAACACCAGCGCCACCUGACAACGUAAUCCGAUUCCACUUCCGUGAGUUUACCCAAACCAGUUAAAACAGAAACUUAUUCCAACCCAGAAAUUCCACCGUGCAAAUCAUCGAACGAUAUUAAUUAACAAAAAGCAUUUCUGUAAGUGAAAUUCUGAACGCAAAGGUUCAUGAAGAAAAAUCUUGUAUUUCAGUGGGCGCGUUUGCGCGCGUCAGUUGGCAACGCUUUAGCCUCGAUGAAAUUUUCGGCCUAUUGGAUUGGCAGCAGCAAAUGACGAACGACUCGGCGGAGCGUGCGCACUGAUCUUAUUCGUUCGGCGACAAUGGCGACAGACCAAGACCAGUUUCAACAGCUCUUAAACACACUUCUGAGCACGGAUAACGAUGUCCGGACGCAAGCUGAGGAGGCAUAUAACAAUCUUCCAGUGGAAAGUAAAGUGACAUUUUUACUCAGCUCUAUUUGCAAUGCAACCCUUGCAGAGGAAAUCCGAGCAAUGGCGGCAGUCUUACUGCGCCGCCUUUUCUCCUUGGAAUUCACAGAUUUUUAUCCCAAGAUACCACCAGAAGCACAAAAUCAGCUGAGAGAACAAAUAUUAUUAUGUGUACAAAAUGAACAGACGGAUACCAUCAGGCGGAAAGUCUGUGAAGUUGCUGCAGAAGUCGCAAGAAACCUAAUAGAUGAAGAUGGCAACAAUCAGUGGCCGGAGUUUCUUCAGUUCCUAUUUCAGUGUGCAAAUGGCACGAUACCAGCACUUAGAGAGAGCGCUCUUCGUAUGUUUAUAUCCGUCCCAGGAGUUUUCGGAAACCAGCAGGCACAUUACCUGGAUCUUAUAAAACAAAUGUUGCAGCAAUCACUCUUGGAUAACGCAAAUUAUGAAGUCAGAUUCCAAGCUGUGAGAGCGAUCGGUGCAUUCAUAGCGCUACACGAAAAGGAAACAAACAUUCAGAAGCAUUUCACUGAGCUGCUGCCAGCGGUUAUCCAAGUAACUGCACAAUCGGUCGAGAAGCAAGACGACGAAGCCCUGUUGAAGGUCCUGAUAGACUUGGCUGGAUCCACACCGAAAUUCUUGAGACCUCAACUGGAAAAUAUAAUGGAGAUGUGUAUAAAGAUUUUCUCUAAUGAAGAAAUGGGCGACUCCUGGAGACAGUUGGCUUUAGAAGUCCUCGUAACGUUAGCUGAAACUGCUCCGGCGAUGAUGCGCAAGGUCGGUGGAAAAUAUGUUAUAACACUGAUACCGGUUCUUUUGAAAACGAUGACAAACAUUGAAGAAGACGAAGAAUGGAGCUUCUCUGACAAACUCUUUGAAGAAAACAGCGAUAGCAACACUGUAGCUGCGGAAAGUGCCCUGGAUCGGCUGGCAUGUGGCCUGGGAGGAAAAACUAUAUUGCCACAAAUAAUACAGAAUAUUCCUUCAAUGCUGAGCAACAGCGAUUGGAAGUACAGAUACGCUGCUCUUAUGGCUAUUUCUGCGGUUGGUGAAGGAUGUCACAAACAGAUGGAACUUAUAUUGCCAGAACUCCUGGAAGGCGUAAUGCAGUAUUUACAAGAUCCCCACCCACGAGUAAGGUACGCUGCUUGCAACGCCAUCGGACAAAUGUCUUCUGAUUUUGGACCGUCCUUCGAGAGGAAGUUCCACGACAAAGUCAUUCCCGGACUUCUGAUGGUCCUCGAUGACAACGCGAAUCCCAGGGUGCAAGCUCACGCCGGUGCUGCGCUCAUCAAUUUUAGCGAGGAUUGCCCAAAAAGUACUUUAAUUUCUUAUCUCGACGCUAUAAUGGCUAAGCUCGAGCCAAUCCUUACUGCAAAGUUUCAAGAACUCGUCGAGAAGGGAACGAAAUUAGUCCUGGAGCAGGUCGUCACGACCAUCGCUUCUGUUGCUGACACGUGCGAGGAACAGUUCGUAGCCUACUAUGAUAGAUUAAUGCCUUGCCUUAAGUAUAUACUACAGAAUGCCAAUCAGGAAGAACACAAGAUGCUACGUGGCAAGACGAUCGAAUGCGUCAGUCUUAUUGGCAUGGCUGUUGGUCGGGAAAAGUUUAUCGUGGAUGCCAAUGAAGUCAUGGACUUGUUGCUGAAGACGCACACGGAAGGAGAUCUUUCGGACGAUGAUCCUCAGACGAGCUAUCUCAUUUCCGCUUGGGCCCGGAUGUGCAGAAUACUUGGCAAACAAUUCGAGCAAUAUUUACCCUUGGUGAUGGGUACGGUUCUACGUACAGCGUCGAUAAAGCCCGAAGUAGCGUUGCUGGAUAACGAGGAUAUGGAAGGUGUCGAGAGAGAUCUUGACUGGCAAUUCGUAUCUCUGGGAGAGCAACAAAAUUUCGGAAUCAAAACUGCCGGGUUGGAAGACAAGGCAUCGGCAUGUGAAAUGUUGGUGUGCUAUGCGCGCGAGCUGAAAGAAGGCUUUGCGGAUUAUGCCGAAGAAGUCGUGCGACUCAUGGUCCCGAUGUUGAAGUUCUACUUCCACGACAGAGUCAGAAUCGCGGCAGCAGAGAGCUUGCCGUGUCUUUUAAAUUGUGCGAAAAUAAAAGGGACGCAAUACCUUGAGGGAAUGUGGGCAUACAUAUGUCCAGAAUUACUCAAGGCAAUCGGCACGGAACCAGAAUCCGAGGUGCUUCUGAAACUUCUUUACUCAUUGGCCAAGUGCAUCGAAACCUUAGGAGCCGGGUGCAUGAAUGCACAAUACAUGGAGGAGCUAAUCCACAUACUCGACAAGCUGCUCAACGAACACUUCGACAGGGCUGCUGCCAGGUUGGAGAAGCGUAAAGACGAGGACUACGACGAAGUCGUCGAGGAAGAACUAGCGGACGAGAACGAUGAAGACAUUUACACCUUGAGCAAGAUCGCGGACAUCAUGAACGCACUUCUCAAGACUCACAAGUCUGCGUUUUUCCCUUACUUCGACCAGAUCUGUGGUCACUUUGUAAAGCUCCUGGCCCCGGAGAGAUCCUGGAGCGAUCGUCAGUGGGCUCUGUGCGUCUUCGACGACGUGAUCGAGCAUGGCGGUCCAGAGUGCGCCAAGUAUCAGGACUUCUUUUUAAAUCGAAUGAUUCAGUAUGUGUCAGACAAGUCUGCCGAAGUCAGGCAGGCUGCCGCUUACGGUUGCGGGGUACUCGGACAAUUCGGAGGAGAAGGAUUCGCGCAAGCCUGUGCAGAAGCGUUGCCGCGUUUAAUGCAGGUGAUAAGCGAUCCAGAAUCUAGAAGCCCAGUGAAUGUUAAUUCGACGGAGAACGCGAUAUCCGCCGUUACGAAAAUUCUACAAUACAACAACAAGGCUCUCGACAUCGACAAAAUUCUUCCACAUUGGUUGUCUUGGCUACCAGUCGUGGAGGACGAAGAAGAGGCUCCUCACGUUUAUGGAUACCUGUGUGACUUAAUAGAGGCGAACCACCCCUUAGUUUUAGGACCAAACAACGUAAACCUACCGCGUUUAAUAAGCUUUUUUGCCGACGCUCUCUCCAAGGAGGCAAUACCUACGGACAACCCGGUUAUGCCAAGGAUUCUUAACAUCGUCAGGCAAAUUCAGAACAACAAGCCGCUAUUCCAAGCGUGUAUAAGCGCGUUAACGACAGAGCAGCAACAAGCACUUCAUAAAGCGCUCAGUGCUCAAACCGUCAAUUAGCCCAGUGCUCACACGACUUAACAUUCUAAUAUCCUAGUUCGAAAGAAAGAAAAGAAAAGAAAAAAAAACAGAUAAAUCAUACAAGAACUACACCGAAAGCCCUGCUCGUGAAAUCCACACCGAGAGAUCUAGGCAGCUACUACGGAAAGCCGCGAAUACGAGAGAAAUCGCAGUAAAUUAGGUAACCUUAGUGAUUACCUAGACAUUUUCGAGCCAGCCUAACACGUAAUGUACAAUCAAUUUUUUUUUUUUUUUUUUUUUUUCAUUUUCGGCCGUUUAUCUAAUUUAUACCGUUACGUCCGUAUCGGUCAGGCAGAACUUGAAGCAAUUGUUUAUCUCUAGACCACUUACGGCCCAGCGAUAAUCAGUGAUUUCUCGCUCCCUAACGUAUAGGUUUGUUGGUCGUAAUCGUCACAUUUUUUUUUUAACCGACGCGAUAGUUAAAAGAUACAGCUUCUCAAUCUUCCGCCGCAGAUGCACGUAUCUACGCAUACUUUCGAAUGUUUAUUAUAUCAUUAUAAGUCAAGCUGUUGAACUGCUGGAUAAAUCGCAUGCAUUUCAUUAUAUUUUAUAUAUUGUGGAGACACAAAGGCCCGGUGACGCCCGGUACAUCGCUCGUUUUUAUUCUCCCCAAUGACGCAAAGAGGAUGUAACGCCAUUUCAUUAACGUCACUUCAUUUGAAGAAGCAGCGUGACCUAGAGUCUUACAAGGUAGAAUAAUGACUUGAAAGUAUGCAUGUGCGGUGCGCCUGUAGCUGAAACGAGAGGCGCCCGUUGAGAGCGGUUUUUUAAUGUUUUUUUCCCCCCUUUUUGUUAAACCCUUAUAAGACGAUAAAAAAAGUGGCGGUUGUUGCGGCAACGGCCCUGUAGAUGGCUGCGAUAGGUCACCCCGCUCGUUGAAGAUUCACCGCGCGAAAUUGGGUCGUCGAAACGCCGGAGAUCGCGUCCUCAUAUAUAUAUAUAUUAGAUUCCUCGAAAAGGGCUCGCACUGACGAAAAUUUAGGAUACAUUUUUUUUAAGCUUUCACCCAACGGAACAUCCCGACGAGGAGAGGCGGGUUAAGGACAAACCGCGUGACUUUCGGGAGACGAUUUUGAGGGGCUCUGCGCCGGCAUUCCUGGAGGCAUCCUCGUCGGUUUCUCGACCUCGCGUGUUACGUAGGAUUGUAUAAUGGGGAAAUUCACGCGAAGCUGGAAGAACGUACAUGCAUAUAAAUAUAUAGGCAUUUUUUUUUAUUAUUUUGGUUUCUCUAAUUAACGCCCCGCCGAGAGCGGUGUGUUCGCUCUUUCGAACGAACUUCUCCCGGGAUAGAGACCGUUGUUCGCCGUUGAAAGCCGAACGAAAUGUCGAUCGAAAGACCAAGAGGUUGGACGGAAGAGAGAAGAGACAAAAAUGGGGGAUACACACAAAAGAAAAGAAAGAGAAAAUGAAAAAGAAGAAAAAAAAGAGAAAAACCCAGCUCUCAAUUGAAGUUCAUAUUUUUAUAUUUAUUACGACGAUUUUGCGAUGCGACUAUACACUUAUGCGAUGGACUUUCAUCGCUGCGAUCUCGUUAUUUCCGACGACGAGCCUCGACUCUUUUACCACCGUAGUCUCUCGACGGAACCGACUGUGUAAGGUCUCUUUAGAUGGAAGCCAAAAUGCGCGGACAGGCCAGAGCCAGCCCACUUGCUAUCGGUCGACGGCAUGACAUUGUGAUUUAGAUAUUUUUUAUUCAUAAAUUUAGGUUCAAUAAAUGUUAUUUAAUGGUAAUAA